AAGAACCCAAAAAAGAAAACAUGAGGAGAAGCAUAUUUGGAUUCUUGUUUGUUUCCAUUUUAGUAGUUGGCUGCAUGGGCGAUAAUGGGGGGUUGAAGAUGAAGUAUUACAAGAAGCGAUGUUCUUCAGUUUCAGUUGAGACUACAGUAAGGGACAUUGUAUGGCGCAAAGUUUCUGCAAAUCCUGCCAUGGCUGCCAAGCUUCUAAGGCUUCAUUAUCAUGACUGCUUUGUUAGGGGAUGUGAUGGUUCGAUUCUGUUGGAUCCUGUACAAAAUAGUACAACAGAAAAAACGGCAGGACCCAACAGAUCUGUUUCUGGGUACGAUGUGAUUGAUGAAAUAAAGACGACUUUGGAAUCCGACUGUCCCGGAAUUGUUUCUUGUGCCGAUAUCCUUGCGUUGGCAGCUAGAGACGCGGUUUCCUUCCAAUUUCAAAAGCAAAUGUGGCCGGUUUUCACGGGAAGAAAAGACGGACCGGUGUCGUUGGCAUCGGAAGUUGGUGUCAAUUUACCAUCUGCAGGCGCCAAUUUUACAACUCUCGUAACCCAAUUUGGAAACAAAGGUCUUGACAUCCAUGAUCUUGUAGCACUUUCCGGGGGUGUCAACUUACUCCCCUAUUUGUGGUGA